AUGUCUCAACCAGCUGAAACCACUUUCUCACUACACUCGCCACGCAUGAAAUCAUGUUGUUGUUGCUUUAAGUUAAAAACUGGUGUAGUAAUCAUUAGUAUAUUAUGGCUUUUCUACGGUCUUUAUCGAGCUAUUACUGACUUGAUAGCAUUCCAAAAUCGCGAUAAACAUACGAAUAACUUCUUUUCGCAUGUGUACACAUAUACUAUUAUCGAAGGAAUAUUAUCAUUAUUCAUUGCGAUUGGAGCACUUUAUGGAUUAUUCAUCGUGAGUUUCGCGAAUAAAAGACGACAACUCCAAAACUAUGUGACAAUCGCAUGGAUAAUUGUUGUCCUUCAAAGUUUUCUAAAAAUUGCCAAUAUAGUUAUCGUAAUUGCAUUUAAAAACUCGUACAUGAAGUACUGUAAGGAUCAAGAUUAUGAUGAAGAUACGUGCAUGUCAUCGUAUAACAUCCUGUUAUCUGUUGAAAUAGUUCAAGAUUUGCUUGCAAUCAUAAUUUCAAUUUAUUUUGCGACUGUAAUUGCCGCAUAUAGAACACAUCGAUUCGAAAAAGAAACAACUGCGGGAGUCGCGGAA